AAAUAAACCGAAUCCGACAUGUCUCAAUCAACUGUGCCCUGUUACACCAUUAUAAAUUCGCCCGAUUUGGAGGUGCCCAAUGAAAUGCAGCUGAAACAGGACCUCGAGAAGGGCGAUACAAAUGUUAAAAUUGACACGCUGAAAAAAGUUAUUCAACUUCUGUUGAACGGUGAACGUUUAUCCGGUCUGAUCAUGACCAUAAUUCGUUUUGUUUUGCCCGUACAAAAUCAUACAAUUAAGAAGUUGCUGCUUAUCUUUUGGGAAAUUGUGCCGAAGACAUCGCCGGAUGGAAAACUAUUACAAGAAAUGAUUUUAGUCUGCGAUGCCUAUAGGAAGGAUCUUCAACACCCCAAUGAAUUCCUACGUGGUUCCACAUUACGUUUCCUGUGUAAGCUAAAGGAACCCGAACUGUUGGAACCUUUAAUGCCAUCCAUUCGUGCUUGUUUGGAACAUCGCCAUUCCUAUGUUCGCCGCAAUGCUGUCCUUGCCAUUUUCACCAUUUAUAAAAACUUCGAUUGGUUGGUACCCGAUGGACCGGAGCUAAUUGCCAAUUUCUUAGACACCCAACAGGAUAUGUCCUGCAAACGUAAUGCUUUCCUUAUGUUGUUGCAUGCUGACCAAGAGAGAGCUCUGAACUAUUUGGCUUCCUGCAUCGACCAGGUGAACAAUUUCGGUGACAUUUUGCAAUUGGUCAUCGUGGAGUUGAUUUACAAGGUGUGUCAUGCAAAUCCCGCCGAAAGAACACGUUUCAUUCGUUGCAUUUACAAUUUGUUGAACUCUUCAUCGAAUGCGGUGCGUUAUGAGGCUGCCGGCACCUUGAUAACCCUUUCGUCCGCCCCCACAGCCAUUAAGGCGGCGGCUGGUUGUUAUAUUGAAUUGAUUGUCAAGGAAAGCGACAACAAUGUCAAAUUGAUUGUUUUGGAUCGCUUGAUUGCCAUGAAAGAUAAUGAAAAUAUGGAGAAAGUAAUGCAAGACUUGGUUAUGGACAUACUGCGUGUUUUGGCUGCCCCAGAUAUUGAAGUGCGUCGCAAAACUUUGGCCUUGGCCAUGGAUUUGGUAUCGUCUCGCAAUAUCAAUGAAAUGGUGUUGGUUUUGAAGAAGGAAGUCUCAAAAACACACAAUGUCGAACAUGAAGACACCGGCAAAUAUCGCCAGUUGUUGGUGCGUACCUUGCACUCCUGUUCCAUUAAAUUCCCCGAUGUGGCUGCCAGUGUUAUUCCCGUAUUGGUUGAAUUCCUUUCCGAUACAAAUGAAUUGGCCGCUGCUGAUGUUUUGAUUUUCAUUCGUGAGGCUAUACAGAAAUUCCCUGCCUUGAGAGGACUUAUAAUUGGGCAUUUGAUUGAGGCUUUCCCACAAAUUAAAUCGUCGAAAAUUCAUCGUGCUGCUGUGUGGAUUUUGGGAGAAUAUGUUGAUGAUAAGAGCCAAAUUUUGGAAGUCAUAGAUGUUAUUACUCAAACCUUGGGUGAAAUUCCCAUGGUUGAGGCUGAGCAACGUCGUUUGGCUGGCGAACAAACAGAGGAGGAAAUGUCAGCUGCCCAACAGGCACCUACACCACAAACAACAAACUCCAAGGUUACUUCGGAUGGUACUUAUGCCACCCAAAGUGCUUUCAGUUUGGCACCAGUUGCCAAAAAGGAAAAACGUCCACCAUUGCGUCAAUAUCUAAUGGAUGGUGAUUUCUUUAUUGGAGCCGCCCUUUCGGCCACCCUUACCAAGUUGGUGUUACGUUAUGCCGAUUUGGAGCAGGAUGUGCGUUCCCAAAAUCGUUUGACCACACGUGUCAUGCUGAUUAUGAGCUCCAUCUUGCAUUUGGGCAAAUCCGGCUUCCCAUCUAAGCCCAUCACCAACGAUGAUACCGACCGUAUUUUCAUUUGUUUGCGCACCCUUAGCGAACGCACCGAAGAAGCCGUUGAAGUCUUCAAACGUUAUUGCCGUGAAGCUUUGGGAAAAAUGUUGGAUGCCCAAGCCGAAGAAGAUCAACGUGUGCUCAAAGAGAAACAAAAAGCCGCUGCUAAGGUACAACCCGAUGAUCCUGUACUAUUCUCACAGCUAUCGAAUGGUCGUGAAAACCAAUUGGGCGAAAAUGUAUUUGAGUCUAGUUUGAAUCAAGCUUUGGCCGGUACAAAAUCGACCAAUUUGAGCGAUAUUACAUCGCCCAAUAAUAAAUUGAAUAAGGUGACACAAUUGACUGGUUUCUCAGAUCCAGUCUAUGCUGAGGCCUACGUUAAUGUCAAUCAAUAUGAUAUUGUUUUGGAUGUAUUGAUUGUUAAUCAGACAAAUGACACUUUGCAAAAUUGCACCUUGGAAUUGGCCACAUUGGGUGAUUUGAAAUUGGUAGAACGUCCACAUCCCGUUGUUUUGGCUCCACACGAUUUCUGCAAUAUCAAGGCCAAUGUUAAAGUAUCUUCAACAGAGAAUGGCAUUAUUUUUGGAAAUAUUGUUUAUGAUACAUCAAUUAACACCAAUGUUGUCGUCCUCAAUACCAUUCACAUUGAUAUUAUGGAUUAUAUUAUCCCCGCUACAUGCACCGACACUGAAUUCCGUCAAAUGUGGCAAGAUUUUGAAUGGGAAAAUAAGGUCACAGUUAAUACCACAUUCACCGAUUUACAUGAAUAUCUCAAACAUUUGCUUAAGAGCACUAACAUGAAGUGUUUGACACCAGAAAAAGCCUUAUCCGGACAGUGUGGUUUUAUGGCUGCAAAUAUUUAUGCCAAAUCAAUUUUCGGUGAAAAUGCUUUGGCCAAUUUAAGUAUUGAAAAACCUGUCGAUGAUCCAGAUUCCAAGGUUACCGGCCACAUUAGAAUACGUGCCAAGAGUCAAGGCAUGGCAUUGAGUUUGGGCGAUAAAAUCAGUUCAUCUCAAAAAUUAUGUGUACAAGCCUCAUAAAAUGUAGAGCGGGUCACAGUUCAUUCCAAAUUGUC